GCGGGGAGUUGGUUGGACAUAGUCGUAAAGGAGGCGGGGAGUGAACUUUUAGCUGCUGUUGGCUGCAUUUGUUUUUUUAUAUAUAUAUUUUGUUUGUUAGAGAUGGGGUGGGGAAACAUUUACAGGAGACGUGCGAAAGUAUUUACUUUGGCCUUGAUAAUUUACAUUGAUUACAAGGCUUUACAGAAAAGAGAGAAAUUCAUGAAGAAACCGAAAAGUGAUGCAUUGUGGAAGAAGGCCCAUGAGCGGAAUGCUAAGCGUGUUUUUAAUUUGAUGGUAGAGUUGGAAGGUUUGUGGGUGAAACUUGGACAGUAUUUGUCCUCACGUGCUGAUGUGCUUCCUUCUGCUUUCAUUUCAAUUCUCAAGCAGUUGCAGGACUCUCUCCCUCCUCGUCCGUUUGAAGAGGUUUGUCACACUAUCAAGAAAGAACUAGGGAAAUCCACGAAGGAGCUUUUCUUGGAUUUUGACGAAAAUCCUCUGGCAACAGCAUCGAUUGCACAAGUGCAUCGUGCAACAUUAAUUGAUGGGCAGAAGGUGGUUGUUAAAGUUCAACAUGAAGACAUCAAGAAAAUCAUAUUGGAGGAUUUAAAGGAUGCAAAAUCCAUUGUUGACUGGAUAGCAUGGGCAGAACCGCAGUAUAACUUCAGCCCUAUGAUCGAUGAAUGGUGCAAAGAAGCUCCAAAAGAACUUGACUUCAACCAUGAAGCAGAGAAUACCAGAACCGUGUCUCAAAAUCUUGGCUGCACAAGCAAAUAUGAUAGCAACAAGCCCAUCAAUCAAGUGGAUGUUUUGAUUCCAGAGGUUAUUCAGUCGACAGAAAAAGUUCUGAUUUUGGAAUAUAUGGAUGGAAUUCGCUUGAAUGACUUUGAAUCCCUAGAAGCUUGUGGUGCUAACAACCAAAAGAUUGUUGAAGAAAUCACACGGGCCUUUGCCCAUCAAAUAUAUGUUGACGGGUUUUUUAAUGGUGACCCUCAUCCUGGUAAUUUUCUGGUGAGCAAAGAACCUCCACAUCGUCCAAUUUUGCUUGACUUUGGGCUGACAAAGAGGAUAUCAAGCUCUAUGAAACAAUCACUAGCUAAAAUGUUUCUUGCUACGGCUGAGGGGGACCAUGUUGCUCUUUUGUCUUCCUUUUCUGAAAUGGGACUUAAGCUGCGCCUGGACUUUCCUGAGCAGGCUAUGGAUUUUAUCAGUGUCUUCUUCCGCACGUCAACAUCUGCAAGUGAAGCUGCUGAAUAUGCCAAAUCUUUGGGAGAGCAAAGAGCAAGAAACAUGAAGGUGCUACAGGAAAAGAUGAAUCUCAGCCAAAAGGAAGUUAAACGAUUUAAUCCGAUUGAUGCAUUUCCUGGUGAUAUGGUAAUAUUUUCACGGGUUAUUGGUCUUCUGAGAGGACUUUCUACCACAUUGGAUGCUCGCAUAGUAUAUCAUGAUAUCAUGAGACCAUUUGCCGAAUCUGUUCUGCAAGAGAAGAUUGCCAAGGGGCCAUCAGAAAAUGCACAGUGGAUCAAUGACACCCCAGUUCAUUCUGACGCGGAGGCAAAGCUGAGGCAGAUUUUAGUUGAGUUAGGGAAUGAUGACAAAAUACUUGGAAUCCAGGUUUGUGCCUACAAAGAUGGAGAGGUUAUUAUCGAUACUGCUGCUGGAGUACUUGGUAGAUAUGAUCCUCGCCCAGUACAGCCUGAUAGUCUUUUUCCUGUUUUCUCUGUAACGAAGGGCAUUGCAGCAGGAAUGUUACAUUGGCUUGUUGACAAUGGAAAACUGAACCUCAAUGAAAAUAUUGCUAAUAUUUGGCCAGAGUUUGGAUCAAACGGAAAGAAUCUCAUCAAGGUCCACCAUGUUCUUAAUCAUACAUCUGGUUUGCAAAAUGCUCUGGCCAACCUCAGAGAAGAAAAUCCUUUGCUAAUGGCUGACUGGGAUGAAUGUCUGAAACGGAUUGCUAUGUCAGCACCUGAGACUGAACCUGGCCAAGAGCAGUUGUAUCACUAUCUGUCUUUUGGCUGGCUUUGUGGUGGAAUAAUCGAGCACGCCUCUGGGAAGAAAUUUCAGGAGAUCCUUGAAGAAGCAAUAAUUCGACCUCUCAACAUUGAAGGCGAGCUAUAUGUUGGAAUUCCUCCAGGUGUGGAAUCUCGACUUGCGUGUCUGACAUUAGAUAAAGAUGAUUUUAGCAAGCUCUCAAAAAUUGCUAGUCGUCCUGAACUUCCCUCCACCUUCCAGCCAGAGAACAUUUCCCAACUAGUAACUGCAGUGCCUGCUUUGUUUAACAUGCUGAACGUUCGUCGCGCCAUUAUACCAGGUGCUAAUGGACAUUGCUCAGCUCGUGCUCUUGCACGCUACUAUGCAGCUCUUGUUGAUGGAGGCCUGGUCCCGCCACCUCAUUCCUCUUUGUCGAAGCCACCCCUUGGUACCCACCCACACAUUCCCAAAUUUUCUUCAGAGAUUACCUCCAAAAAGCAGAAAGGUAAGAAGAGUAAGGCAGAGGGUUCUGCUUCAAAGAAGAAAGGAAAUGGUUAUGAGCUCAAGAUGAAUCACAGUAAAGAUUUCAAGGAUGGUGGAGAAAGUAACAGUGAUGGGUAUACCAGGCUUGCUAAUGAUAGCGCUGGUGGCAGCAGCAGUGAUUCUAGUCCACCCAAAGGCUUUGCAGCCAGCAAAAACUCUCGCCAAAAUAAUGCCAUCAGGAUUUUUAAUAACCCCAGAAUUCAUGAUGAGUUCAUGGGCGUGGGUGAGUACAGGAAUCUAGUACUGCCAAAUGGGAAAUUCGGAUUAGGUUUUAGGAGAUUUAGUUCAAGUGAUGGAUCCUUUUAUGGAUUUGGGCACUCGGGUAUGGGUGGAUCCACAGGUUUUUGUGAUAUUAAAAGCAGGUUCGCAAUUGCAGUUACCUUGAACAAAAUGUCACUCGGGACUGCAACUAGAAGAAUUAUUCAGUUUGUUUGUUCAGAGCUAAAUGUUCCGCUACCAGACGAGUUCUCAGUUCUUAGUGAAACUGCACCCGACGAAGAGUUAAGCAUAGCGAGACCUCUGAUUAACUGAAGACAAGGACUCUUCUCAUUGUCAACAUGUACUGUGCUAUCCAUGAUAACCUCAGCCCAAAAAUACAUAAAUUAUUUAUACUGAAUACAAUCGUGUCAAUAGGAAAUUGUAAGACAUUUACAGCUAUCAUUUAUAAGGUUAUACGAGGAGUUUUAUAAACAUC